GAAUCGCUACUACCCUCACCUAACAUUCAGCAAGCAGUAACACACACACACACACACGCUGUAGCCAGCUACAUUGUUACGAUUCCUUCUUCCAUUUCCUGCAACAUUCUGCUUUCAUGUCAGAAAGGCGACGCUACAUGGUUUCUACGCUUUGGACGAGAGAUUAUCCUGUUACAUGGACACUGACUUAUGGAUAAAUAAAUUGAAGGAGCGGAUAUGAGCAUGGUACGCAGCCAGAGAUCGUCGGGUAGAUCUACCAGGACCGGGAUGGGAGGCUGCUGAACGCCGCGGCAUUGCGCGUGCUGCUGGAUUGGAAUCGUUGGCUCGGGAGCAAGGGUGCCCCAUCCAACAUGACCGGGUUAAACCAGGAGAAUGUUGAGGACUAUUACGAGAUAGGAGAUGAGCUGGGAAGUGGUCAGUUUGCGGUGGUGAAGAAGUGUCGUGAGCGUAACUCCGGACUGGAGUUUGCCGCCAAGUUCAUCCGUAAGCGCCGCAGCAAGUCAAGCCGGAGGGGAGUGACCCGGGAGGACAUUGAGAGGGAGGUUAGCAUCCUGAAGGAGAUUCAGCACCCUAAUGUCAUCACGCUGUACAAUGUGUUUGAAAACAAGGCUGAUGUCAUCCUCAUUCUGGAGCUGGUGUCUGGAGGAGAGCUGUUUGAUUUCUUAGCAGAGAAGGAGUCUUUAACAGAAGAGGAGGCUACAGAGUUCCUGAAACAGAUCCUAGAAGGAGUCCACUACCUCCAUUCCAAACACAUUGCACAUUUUGACCUCAAGCCGGAGAACAUCAUGCUAUUAAACCGGGCUGUGGCCCAUCCUCGCAUCAAGCUCAUUGACUUUGGCCUGGCUCACAAGAUUGAUUUUGGCAAUGAUUUCAAAAACAUCUUUGGCACUCCGGAAUUUGUAGCUCCAGAAGUAGUGAAUUAUGAACCACUUGGCCUGGAGGCAGAUAUGUGGAGUGUUGGAGUGAUCACCUACAUCCUACUUAGUGGUGCCUCUCCGUUCCUGGGAGAUAAUAAACAGGAGACUCUAGCUAAUGUGUCGGCAGUGGACUACAGCUUCGAUGACGAGUUCUUCAGCAACACCAGCCAUCUGGCCAAAGACUUCAUCUCCAGGCUGCUAAUCAAAGACCCCAAAAAGAGAAUGACCAUUCAGGACAGCCUGCUCCAUCCCUGGAUAAAGCCAAAGGAUCCCCAGCAGGCCAUCAGCAGGAAGGAGUCUGCCGUCAACAUGGAGAAGUUUAAGAAAUUUGCUGCUCGAAGGAAAUGGAAGCAAUCAGUUCGUCUCAUCUCGUUGUGUAACCGUCUUUCUCGCUCCUUCCUGUCUCGAAGCAACAUCAGUGUGGCACGCAGUGAUGACACGCUGGAUGAGGAAGACUCAUUUGUGAUGAAGGCUAUAAUCCAUGCUAUAAAUGAUGACAAUGUACCUGGCCUCCAGCACCUUUUGUCUUCACUGACCAGCUACGACAUCAACCAACCCAACAAGCAUGGAACACCCCCUCUCCUGAUCGCAGCUGGCUGUGGGAACAUUCAAAUAAUCAAUGUACUGAUGAGGAAAGGAGCUGAUAUACAGGCCCACGACAAGUGUGGAGCAAACGCUAUUUACUACGCAGGAAGACAUGGGCACGUGGAGACACUCAGGUUUCUGCAUGAAAGUAACUGUCCUCUGGAUGUACAAGAUAAGAGUGGAGAGACAGCCCUUCAUGUGGCAGCUCGCUAUGGCAACGUUGACGUGAUCCAAUACCUCUGUAGUAUUCAUGCCAACCCUGACCUCUCGGACAGGGAGCAGGAAACCCCUCUUCAUUGUGCGUCGUGGCAUGGUUACUCUGCAGUGGCCAGGGCUCUGUGCCAGGCUGGAUGCCACGUCGAUGCCAGGAACAGGGAGGGUGAGAGUCCCCUCCUGACGGCCUCUGCCAGGGGGUUUGCUGACAUUGUGGAAUGUCUGGUAGAACAUGGAGCUGACCUCACUUCUACUGACAAGGACGGCCACAUUGCGCUCCACCUGGCUGUAAGGCGUUGUCAGCUGGAAGUUGUCAGGUGCCUCCUCCGUCACCGCUGCCCGAUCGACCAUCAAGAUCGCCACGGCAAUACACCGCUGCAUAUAGCCUGUAAGGAUGGCAACCUACCCAUCGUCAUGGCACUUUGUGCUGCCAAGGCAACCCUAGACCUGCCCAACAAGUAUGGCAGAACCCCUCUCCACAUCGCAGCUAACAAUGGUCUAUUGGAGGUAGUGAGACACCUUUGUGUAACGGGGGCUAACACAGACGUCCUCACCAAUGAUGGGAAGACACCAGAGGACCUGGCAGUGCAGGAACAGCAGGAGCAUGUAGCUGUGUUGCUGGGGAAAAUAAAGAAGGACAACCAUAAAGGCAGCUACAUCCAGGCCCUGCGCCCUACCAGUACCCCACAGCCGCGGAUCAAGCUGAAGCUGCUGGGCCACUCUGGCUCUGGGAAGAGCAGCCUCCUGGAGAGUCUGAAAUGUGGAAUACUACGAAGUUUCUUCAGGAGGAGAAGACCUCGCGUCAACAACAAUGUACGACACCCAAACUCACCCAUGGCUAACAAAGCUGCAGUUUCCGUGAGCAUCUCCAAUCUGUACCCCGGCUGUGAGAAUGUCAGUGUGCGUAGUCGAAGCAUGAUGUUUGAGCCCAGCCUCACCAAGGGAGUCCUGGAGGUCUUCUCCCCCGUCACCAACGUACUCUCCUCAGCUGACGACAUCGCCACCCGUGCCAUCGAAAUCCAGAACACUAACAUCAAUGGUGUUGGAGACUUUAGUGUUUGGGAGUUCAGUGGUAACUCUGUGUACCACUGUUUCUAUGACUACUUUGCUGCCAAUGACCCCACAGCCAUCCACCUGGUUGUGUUCAGUCUCGAGGAGCCGUAUGAGUCCCAGCUCAGCCAGGUCACCUACUGGCUCAACAUGUUAAAGGCCUUAACUCCACCACAAAAUAACAUUGCGUUUGGUGGUCGUCUCCAGAACCCUCUGACGGUGGUCCUCAUCGGGACUCAUGCUGAUGUGGCGGGCCUGCCACGGGGGCCAGGGGGGGAGUUUGGCUAUGACAAGGAGAAAUCUCUCCUUAAGGAGGUCCGGAACAGAUUUGGUUUGGACCUGCAGAUCUCGGAGAGGCUGUUUGUGAUGGAUGCUGGGGCCUCUAACUCUAAAGACAUCAAACUGCUCCGGAGCCACCUGCUAGAGCUACGCAGCAACAUCAUCUCAGCCUGUAGUCCCAUGUCAGCACUGACAGAGCGUCUUGUGUCCACACUGCCGUCCUGGAGGAAGCUGAGUGGUCCUAACCAGCUGAUGUCAUGGCAACAGUUUAUUGCUGAUGUCCAGGAGCACAUCAACCCGUUAGUCAGCGAGGAGCAUCUCAGAGGGGUCACGCAACAGCUCCACAGCAUGGGAGAGAUUAACCUGAUGCAGUCUGAGACGGUGCAGGACGUUGUGUUGUUGGAGCCUCGCUGGCUGUGUAGCGGGGUGCUAGCCCGUCUCCUCUCGAUGGACACUCCUAAAGCCAUCCACCAUUACAGGGGUCGCUACCGGUUGGAGGAGAUUCAGGCUUUGGCACCAGAGAGUGAUGUGGAGGAGCUGCUUCAGGUGCUGGAUGCCAUGGAUGUGUGUGCCCGUGACCUGAUCAACCCUGGCAUGGUGGACGUACCAGCCCUCAUCAAGACCAACGGUCUGCACCGCUCCUGGACCGAGGAAGAGGAGGACCAAGAUGUUCUGAUCUAUGGAGGAGUCCGGCUGGUCCCUGCUGAACACCUCACACCUUUCCCCUGUGGACUGUUCCAUAAGCUACAGGUGAACCUGUGUCGCUGGAGUCACCAGCAUCACCCCGAGGAUGAAACAGAGGAUGAGCCAGAUGGAGACAUCCGCCUCUGGACCAAUGGGGUGAAGGUCAGCCAGGGUGGAGCUGAGGCCAUGGUCCUACUGGUCAACCACGGCCAGGGAGUAGAGAUUCAGGUCAGAGGUCACGAAAGCCAACGGGCAAAGUGCUACGCCCUCCUGGACACCAUGGUAACCAUCACUGAAUCGUUGCUGUCCUCCACUCUCCCGGGCCUCAUGACGGCCCGAUACUACCUCAGCCCGCAGCAGCUGAAGGAGCACCACGGGCCCAUCAUGGUCUACCAACCCAAAGACUUCCUGAGGGCCCAGGCCCAGAGGGACAACAGCCUGAGCAACACCAUGGGAGGCUACAAGGAGAGCUUCAGCAGUAUCCUGGCCUUUGGCUGUGCUGAGGUCUACAGCCGCAGUCAUCUGGGAAGAGAUGUCCACAUCUCACAGGUGUCUCUGCUGGCCAGGAGGAAGCUGUGUCGUCUGCUGGACCCUCCUGAUGCCCUGGGGAAGGACUGGUGUUUGUUAGCCAUGAACCUGGGACUGACCGACCUUGUUGCCAAACACAGCUCCACCACAACCAAUGACCCGUCCCUCCAGGCCAGCCCCACGGCAGAGCUGCUCCAAGAUUGGUCAGUCCGGCCAGACAGCACUGUAGGAGUAUUAAUGGGGAAGCUUCGUGAGCUGGGGAGACGUGAUGCUGCCGACUUCCUACUGAAGACAUCACCUGUGUUCAGAGUUCAUAUGGAGGGUGAAUCGAGGGGGGAGGGCGGGGCCUCGGGGGGAAACCUCCACAUCUGCAAUGGAGGAACUUCUUACCAUUCCAUCAGCUCUGUGAUCUCCCGUUGAGACAUUCUACAACCUCCCGUCUCCCUCCUCUCCCUCCCCCUCCUCCCCCUCCCUCACCUCUCUGACUGUUUUAAUCAUUUGGCUGUCCUGAGCUCCAGAGGAGUGUGGAGUGCCUGUAAGGUCACUGUGUCCUGUACUGUGGUUGCACAGCCAUGAACUUCACCAGACACUGCUCCUUGUCAGUCCUUUGGUACAGCUCAACUUCUCCACAAUAGAAGGACACCACUCUGGGUGGAAAGGUUCAUAUCCGUCUGAUCUGAGAUCAUUUUAUAUGCUGAGAUUUCACUUCCCUAAAGUCCCUGGUGAUCUCCUUCCAACAUGUCAACCAGUGGCAUCUAAGUGUUCACUUCCAACAACAGCUACAACUGUUUUAACUAAGUUGUCAGUCUCUGUCAUUAGCUGUUGUCAGUCUGACAGCUCUCUGAUUAGGUAAGCCUUCUACCUCCCCUGAAAAGCACAACAACCUGACACCCUGACCAGCCCCUCCUAGUGCUGGACCCGUGUUCACAAAGCGCCUCAGAAAAAGUCUUAGGAAUGAAAAAAUGUCUUAACAAAUGUGCAGCUCAGUAAGUUUAUGUGAAAUUAGUCAAAUCAAAGUUCAUUUAAGCUGGUGUUCACAACAGUUGAAAGAGAUAGUGAAGUUCAUUAUUGUUGUAUAUAAUGUGGAAUAAUCAAUCAGAAUUAGGUGUCACAAGGUUAACUUGAAGCAACAGGAUGUACAGAAUUAAAUAUCAAAAUCAAAAGUAAAACAUGCUUAAUUAUUAGCCUAGUGGGUGUAAGCAUUUUGGCACAUCAUGGGAAUGUUUUGUCUGAAAGACUAGAGAUGCUACUGUGAUUUAUGGAUUGCCCAAAUAGAAAUAUCUCCUUUCAACACCUCCAAAGCAAUUGCCUGUUUGCGGCACAGGAACUCUUGACUCAGUGCCUUUUUGCAUUCCCAAGACACUCACUGGGUCCCCUGUUCUGGACCUCUCGUCAGCAUGCUAAUUGUGGACUAGAUGGAUCUCUUAUAACAAAAAAAGCUUCUUACAGAGUUUUUAUUUACCUAGGACAUGUUUUCUACUCUGAGAUGCUUUGUCAAUACAGGCCUGAGUGAGUCCACAAUGGAACACUAUCCCUUCCAAAGUGGACUACUAAUACUGAAUAGUAUGCUGUGAAGGGCUCCAUUUGGGACAGGCUCUAAGAGCCUAACAGCCUGGCCUAAGGGUUAGAGAAACAGCAUUAUUUUUGAAAUAGCUAGGCUAACAAUGUGUUCCAGUGGAGACAACACUGGGGUUAACCUAUAUAGGAACUGAGAGGUCUUUAAAAAUACCCAGGGGCCUUCACUUCCUAGCAGAAAGAACAUAUCCAUCCUACCCAGGGGCCUUCACUUCCUAGCAAAAAGAAUAUUUUUCAUCCUACCCAGAGGCCUUCACUUCCCAGCAGAAAGAACAUAUCCAUCCUACCCAGGGGCCUUCACUUCCUAGCAAAAAUAAUAUGUCCAUCCUACCCAGGGGCCUUCACUUCCCAGCAGAAAGAACAUGUCCAUCCUACCCAGAGGCCUUCACUUCCCAGCAGAAAGAACUUGUCCAUCCUACCCAGAGGCCUUCACUUCCCAGCAGAAAGAACAUGUCCAUCCUACCCAGAGGCCUUCACUUCCCAGCAGAAAGAACAUGUCCAUCCUACCCAGAGGCCUUCACUUUACCAUUUUCUACAACUGUUACACCCUCCCUCCCCCUCGACACUCCUCCCCAGUUUUAUGGGUCAGACUACUGACAUAAAAUGACAAUUAUGUAAAUAUAUAGGCGGUCAGUUGUCUACCUCCAUGUGGUCCUCAGUGUGGGUCUGAAACAUUGAAUGUACUGGCUGUCUAAGGGUUCUUUAAGAUUGUGGGUGUGGGAGAGGAAAUAACGAAGGAAUAGAGUGCUGUCAGAGUGUUUAUGUGGCUUCUCCUGAACAACAACACAGAAUCACAUGAUGUUUGUUACAGUGGAAACGGACCCGAGACACACAUGCAGGGAUCAGCCCUCUUGUUGCCAAGCCAAGCUGAAGAACUGUGUUUGUGAAGGAAAGUGUAUAUUGUACACUAUGGUAUUUUCUCUGUUAAAAAAGUAACUUUUUUAUUGUGUUGAAUCAUCAUGUAUUACUGAACUUAAAGAUCUCUUGUUAACGUACGUUCUGUUGUUUUUGUGACUUCUUGAUUUUGACAGUGAUUUUGGCACAGACCUGUUUGUCCCCAAACACACCCUAUUCUCUGUGGCUCCCUAUUCUCUGUGGCUCCCUAUUCUCUGUGGCUCAGAGGUCCAAACUGGUGCUCUAGAUAGGGAAUAGGGUGCCAUUAAGGGGCCGUCUGUCUGUCUCUAGGAGAUUAUUGUAUUUAAGACUUUGUAUAAACAGAAAGUCUCUUUGCACAACAACCUUGGUUUGUAUUGAUUAUCCUGAUCAUUUGGUUCCCACAGCAUGACUGGGAAUAACGCCAUGUUGUCGCUCCAUCCUGAUCUGGCCUUCAAGUCUAGGAGGUCCAUUUUAUAAUAAAGUAUUUACCUGAAAAUAAA